AUGAUUUGUCUACUGUUUUUAGGUGUGCUAACAUUUGCAGCUGGCGACAGUCCCGACAAUGGCACGGUCAGCAUCACAACUACUGCGGAGUCUACAGUGUUUAAAAUUAUUGUCGAUUUAUGUCUAAGUUUGGGAGGUCUGGAUUCAAACGAGACCAUUUCCUUCAUGAUGAACAUCACAGACCAG